AUGUCCCCACUUCGACACUUCCUCUGCUUGGCUUUGGUUUGUGGAGCACGUGCUGCGAAAAGAGGGAAAUACACGCCAGCGAUGCCUGAGGAGCGCACCAUGAAUGGCAAAGAUGUGCGCCAAGCCACAAAGCUCUUAGAGACCAUGUGCCCUUUCCCUUCCGAGACUAUGGCCCAAACUGUGCCCUGUUCUUGGCAGUUCGCUGGGGCCCUAGCGCGGGCCACGAGCUUGCAUCAGAGCUGCGCCUUUGUGCACCUUCUCAUCAUGUUGUCACUGGUCCUGAACGCCGUUCAAGUCCGUUUUGGAGGCAUCUUAGGAAAGUUCCCCAACAUCCUGAUGCUUCAGCAUGGUGAACCUGGGGAUGGCAAAUCCAUUGCCCUGUGGCUGGUCCUUCAAGUUUUGUACUACUUCGACACCAUCAAAAGCAAGCAUGAUGCUGCCAGGCAUCGCAUCGACUCGCGCCGCUAUGAAGAAGCAAAGCGAGCUUACGAAGGAGCGCUUGCAAUCAAUGACCCUGAAGCUGAAGAGCCAGUCCCACCAACCAAGCCAGAAAAACGAGAUUCUGUGCAGAACAAAGGAACUUUCUAUGGAUUGGGAUGCCUCCUCGAGAAGCAAGGUGGGCGUGCAUUCCUGGCCUUGCAUGAAGGCAAGUCUUGGCUUUCUGAAGCGUUCGAACAUGCCAAAGGCGGAGGCUUGGAGGAUUUGAACCAAAUUCUCGACCACGACAUCUACAAGAACAACCCCGCCACAGGACAGUCUCGCUUUCAUGUGCGAAACCCGCAUGUUGUGGGCGCUGUCCUGAUGCACCUCGAAGAGUUGCUGGACAUUGGGAAGAAAGGCGACAGCGUUGCGGGACUCCCACGCUUCUUGAUCGGUCAUUUCUUAUCAGUCUGCAGCAAGGUCUGCCCAGAGAACUUGUCUGCCCAGGAAAUGCAAAACUUGCUCCUCGAAGACCCCAAUUAUUUCAAUGACCUUUCUUAUGAUGAGAUUGUCAAGGCUGCAACCAACUUGCUCUUGCUUGCUGAUGCGGCUUUUCCUUAUCAGCGUCGGAGAGACGAUGAAGUAGGGCCUGCCGCAAGCAGGUACUCCGAGAUCCGAGGAAUUCACACCAUGGAGUUUGCAGAGGGCGUUGUUAGCAGUUUCCAACAAGACUUCAAUGAGAUGGUGGAUGAUUACCGUAAGGCCAAGAAAGCAGGCGAUGCCAAGGCAGCACUUCUCAGCAAAGACAAGACCAGGCCCCUUCAGUUCAUCCCAGGCAUCCACAUCUUUGAGCAAGGCUUGCUCCACCUCUUGUCCUUGGCAAGCGUCCCCGCUGAUCAAUGGCAGAACCUUUCCCCAGAAGACAUGGUGCGGAAAGUGGCCGCGGUAAAUCCAGAUGUUUUCUUCAGUGAUUUUCUGCCAAGCUCCGUGCCUCCAUGUGCUACCCAGCAAUCCGUUGAUGCAGCAUUCUCUCUUUCCAGGUGGUUCCAAUCCGUCUACCACUUCAGCACGAACGCUGCUCAAAAGCUGGACGAAUUUCGAAAAGACCGUCUUAUUAAGACGGACUUGCCGCAGCCGAGCGCCCAAGCAUUUGCUGAGAAGCUGCAAAAGGCGGCUGCUGCCACAUUGAUUGACCCCGGCAACACCUUUCUGACCAUGGACAGGGUUACCUACAAACGCUUUGUCUUCGAUGCCAGCAACACGGAUGCCGAAGUCUAUGCCAAGCACUGCGACCUCAUCCUUCUCGCCCUGAUUGGCUUCAUUGCCAUCGGCCAUGGAAACUGGGCAAAGGUAAAGUACGCAGAAGAUGAUCCCAACUUCAUGUUGGCGGCCAACCGGCUGCAACUGUUCUCCCCAGAAGUCUCUUUUCAGGAGUUGCGCGCUGCCGUUCCUUUCAAUGAAGGGCCCCUUCCCAACCUUGACCAGGACAAUGCAGACACUGUGUGUCAAGCAUUGGUCAAACUUCUGAAAGGCUUCCCGAUUGCCAUUGACAAGCUGCCUGACAUUCAGGCUCUUGCUGUGCACGCCGACAUUCCGCCUUCGCAACCUGAUCCUGGUGCAUCACAAGCUGUCGCAGCUUCUCCGCACAAGAAGCCGGAAGAACAGCAUGUGUUGACACAGGUUGCUCUUGGAAAUCCUGAGGCCAGUGAUGAUGAGCCGCCGGCGAAGCGGCUGAAAGACGAACCUCUCCAAGUCGCUGACCUGCGCAAUCACAAAGACACGAUGACGAAGAUGCUGGCUUGGAUCCUCAAGCAGAAGAACCAUUCUAUGCCGCAAUGGCGCUUGAAUGAAAAAGUGCGAGAGGUUCAUCCAACAACAGAAAAAUCUUAUGUGCUGGCUGCCAAAGUCACAAAGCUUUUGAUUUCAGCUACGCUAGCUGUGCCGACGCCAAACAAAACCAACAGCUUUGACCUUGUGAAGGUUCCUCAGGAAGAUCGCGAUUCCAUCGUCAUUGAGUUGGAGAAGGUUGGCAUCUUGAAGCCUGGAGACAAGCAGAAGGUCACAGUGCAGUUGGGAAAAAGAGACACCGCAGCAGUUUUUGAAGAGUGUAAGUUCCAGGGGUGCAUGGCAUUGUGUGCUGAAGGCUUCAAAGGACACGCAGAGUGA